UACUCAAUUUCAACAUGGCGAAGCAUCAUCCAGAUUUGAUAUUUUGUAGGAAGCAGCCCGGCGUUGCUAUUGGAAGACUUUGUGAGAAAUGUGAUGGAAAGUGUGUAAUAUGCGACUCGUACGUGCGGCCGUGUACGCUGGUGAGGAUAUGCGACGAGUGUAACUACGGUUCCUACCAGGGGCGAUGUGUAAUCUGCGGGGGGCCUGGAGUCUCUGACGCCUACUAUUGCAAAGAAUGUACAAUAAUGGAAAAAGAUAGAGACGGAUGUCCGAAGAUUGUUAACUUAGGAAGUGCUAAAACAGACUUAUUCUAUGAAAGGAAGAAAUAUGGCUUUAAGAAAAGAUGAUGGACAUUGUUGACAAGGAAAACGACUGCCAGGAUAAGAGACUGUGUCAUUUUUAUGCGAUAAUUGUUGUCUUUGUUGUAAAUAUUAUAUGUUUGAACUAUCAUGAAACAUCAGCAAUUAAAACAUCUCAUUUUAUAAAUAGAA